UGCUUGCCUCGGACAAUGAGAAUGAUGUAAAGCAUGUUAAAGGUUGGAACGAAGGAAGAAAAACCGUUCUCACGAGUGGCCUGCAAAUUUGGUAAACGCCGGUAUGAAAAGUUUUUUUUCACCAAGGCGAUGGCAUCGUUGGAAUAAACCGCGGGAGAGCUCAGCCGAGUCGUUAAAAUCGCCGAUGUCCAUUGAGCAGACAUUAAUAGCGGCGAGGGUUGAAAUUGUUCGGCAGUAAUGCAUACGAAUGUAAAGCUUUUUGCCCGACGAGGAAACGUAAGAAACGUGAGACGUGUUCGAACUUACUAUCAACGUUCGUUGAGCCAGCCGAACGAAACCGUGCAAACGGUUUGGCCGGUUUUCGAGGCAGAGGUUCGUUGAACCUUGGUUCAAGGGAUUGAUCGUGUAUGGCUACCGAACGUGUCGUGUGUGCGCAAACAAUCAUUGAUCUGUGACGCUUGCGGCCGCCUACACAUUACAUGUAUCUAGCUCGAGCUCGAAACGAAAGAGCGCCGCUUAGAUCGAAGAAGGGAACACCUCUGUUAUCACUUUCACCAGCUACGAAUUAUUUUACAAACGAUUUCUGGGCCAAGGUGGGAAUGAUUAGUACUCAGAAAAAGUAAAUCUUUAUUGGAAAGAUUUGCGUGGAUCCGCUCCUGUUGUACGCCACUACCACCUCAGCUCAGCAUCGUCAUCACCAUCUCCCUGGCUCCUCCGUAACGGAUAGGCUUCACCUCCAGAACGGAACUCCAGUCUGCUUCCAGUUUCUCCCUCGAGAAUGCUUGUUGACUUAGUCGGAGUUGGGCUCCCACAACGCGCGCUUCGCGGCCACUCCAUUGACCUGUCCCCCCAUCAGAGAACUGAUCCAUGCUCUGACAGAAAAUUUCAUUCAUUGUCGAGGAUAUAUCGCGACUCACGGCUUGCACGUAGCAUCUCGUUGACCCUCGUUGCAUUUAAUUGUUUCAAGCGAAAAGAAAUAUUCUCCAAGGACGCAAAACACUGACUCUUGAGGUUACUCCGCAAUUGUGUUUGACAAUUUUGCUGCGUGUAACUGAUAAAUGUAAUUGGAGUAAAAGGGAAGUGAGGAAGAAAUGUGUGGCAAGCAGUAUCGUUGAGAUAUCGAAGACAGACAAUGAUCGACACUUGAAAAAGGUUUAUUGAUCAAAUACGAAAUCGCUCGGUUGUAAUCAAUGUUGCAUCGAUUACAGUAACAGUGCACGGUGAUACUGGUUUUUACGGUUUUACUCCGGUUCUACUCGUUCGGUCUAUGCUUCACUCUACUUACGGCUGACCCUGUUCAUAAUAAUUAAUGGUGUUAGACUCCGUGAAUGCCUGUGGACUGGUCAUGCUUGGCUCUCGUAGAUAAUACGCUGCGGUUUUGUUUGCUUUCGUUGGCAAUUGAAAUUUAUUUUUAAAAGUCGUACGUGUCCACGGUGAAACGUUUGCUUAAAAAAAAAUUGCGGUGAUCAGUGUAAUUUGAAAAAUUACCUAUUUACUCUGCUAGAUAGAAACGUUACUACUUUCUUCACUUGUUAUCCCUAUGUUUGCACUGUGUUUAAAUUUGUAGCAAAAACUUCAAAAGCGCGAGGAAAUUAGAAAUGUUUGACUUACAUUCGAGCGGCUAGUUGGUCAGCUUUUCAUUUGUGUAAGAAGAAAAGUGUGUGGUGGUAUCGCUGAAAGGAAAGAGAGGCGGGCGCAUAAGGAUGCGCUUACGCAGGAAACGGUGCAUGUCCCGGUGACGCUACAGAAAGCUUGCGAGCUAUACAGAGAGCCACACAGAGAUAAGGACGGAAGUACGGAUGACGCGAUGAGACUGAGCCCGAUUAUCCUGUCGUGGGCCACGGCGAGCUGGCUCGGUCCAACCGGAACUACGGCGAUACGAGCUGAAGCCUCGAGGGAUUACGAGCUGUCGACGGAAUUCUUCCUGGUACCUAGCGACGUGGCGAUGGACAGGAACGGCCUCGCUAGCGUGGCCAGUGUCAUCAGCGUUCCAGCGCCGAACAGGACGGUUUCGGUGUUCAAAGUGCCUCCUGGGAAGAAGAAGAGCCAGGAGAUCGAGACCGAUGCCCGACCGUAUUCGAGAUCCUUGCUCAGACAACGACCCUGGGCUCUUCCUCUGGCGGCCCUCAGCGCAGCCACGAUGCUCCUCAUGGCUGGCUUCGAGGUUUUCGUACUGCUCAAGGCAAGGGUCACCGCGCCGAACAGACGACAUUUAUUUCUGGGCCAGGCUCUACUCUUGGGCCUUUUCCUCCUGGCGGGACUCUCCGCAGCAGCAUCCCUCAGCCAAAACCCGCUGUCCUGCGCUGCAUUUCGAUUAGUCGGCCUGCCCGCUGCUCUUGUGUUUGCAGCGUUGCUGGUCAAAUGCGUGUUCCUGCUCUCGUUGAAUAGCGGCGUUUAUCUACCAGCGCCUUACCAGGCACUGGUAUUGGGAUUCGCCGUACUCGUGCAAGUAGCUAUCAUUGGACAAUGGUUUUACGGCGAGCCACCUACCGUGGUUCAGACACAAAAUGCAGGACAAAACUCGCCAAUGUCCUGUUGCAAAACCCCCCUUGGACAGAUAGUGGCUUCCCUCGGGUAUCCGGGCGCGCUGCUGGUCGCGGUGGCUUGUUUAGCAGUUCGAGCACGAGGCGUUCGUGACAACAACCGGGAAGCGGCGUUUAUCGGCCUGGCUGUUGGUUUAUCGCUUCCGAUUUGGAUAUCGAGCGCGAUCGGCUCGGUAGCCGCCUCGGCGGAGAGCGACAGAGAGGCCUGGCUAGCUUAUGGUUUAUUGACUACUUCCCUUCUUGUGUUCCUGACGAUGUUCCUGCCGAAGGGUCGGCAGUUAGCUGCCCUCGGCCGAGAAGCUUCCGCAACGGUGAUCCGCGAUCGGGACGAUGCUUUGAGCUCGCUUCCUGGCAGCGGUUACUCGCCCUCCUUCUUCCACUUCAAGCCGACUGAGGCUUCUUUAAAGAGGAAGAUGCAUUAUCACAGCGGUGAUCGCGUGGCAUUAGUUUCAUCCGCUAUACCUGGAUGCACUGCCUGCAGGCACGGUGGAAGCCCCAUAUACUCUGACGAUGUUCACGGCCCAAUGGAGACGUUCGUCUUACCACCGGGCAUGUAUCUGAGGCCAGAAGACGCAGGAAACCUGUACACAACUCUAUCGGCAAAUCCGAAUGUAUUUUUUCAACGAGCAACCCAUCCCGGGAUGAUGUAUUGAUAAUUCUGAUAUAUAUAUAUAUAUAUAUAUAUACUUUCAAAUUAAAAGUGAUAUUCGAUAAGGGAACUGCUUUCCGCGUUCUUAUUGUUAGAUUAGAUAAUCAGAAAACGGCGGACUUUGUUUUCUGCUCGCUUCUUUUAUUACUGUAAAUAACAAUAAUCGAUCGAGAUCUUUUUAUUAGCGUCCCACGAUAGGAGGCUACGCUCGAUUAUUUCGAUAACAAAUCAAACUAUAACAGCCGGAGACGAAGUGAAAAUUAUAAUAAAGGUACGAUCCAUUCCUUUUUUUUUUUAUUAGUCUCCUUUUCUUAUUUAUCGUUAUACCUUCGUUAUUCAGCAAUAUCCACAAAGAGGAUUAUAAAUAGUGCCAUCGAUCAUGGCUUGGCAACGCAUUUUGAACAAUGUGCGAUUUAAGAUAUGCUUGUUAAUAGCUGGAGAGAAGAAAGAGGUGAUUCUACGUUGAUAAAACUGUUGUUAUUAAUACUCUGCACUGUAUUAAAAAUCCCAUUUGCGCGCCGUAAUGUGCAAGAAACGGCAACGACGAGAAAUAUUUGCAAAGUGUAUUAAAGAUAUUUCUUCAU